UGAUACGCGUCGACUCAGACGACUACCAUAUUACUUAACUACUUGGUCCUUACUGCGACGUGUUUUUUUCGACAAUCUCCCUAUUCAUAACCAAUUUUUGCGUUUCGGUUUAUGGCAGCCGUCCAGACUAUGACUCUUGCGCAUCAGGAGAACAGGAUGUACAACAUAGUCCAUCACACCGACGCCGCGAAUUGCGUUAUCGUUUCCGCAUCUAAUCUUCAACAACCCUCGUUGAAAACGGUAAUACAGAACAAGAGACCGUUGGCACCGGCUCCGGAACGUAAUAACGCAACUACCCUUGUGACAAAUUCCGGUUGCAAACGGAAAAUUCAGUUCAUGCCCUAUAACAGUAGCCCUCAACAGUCGGCUUCUGUUGCACGAAGGAAUGCCAGGGAACGAAACAGAGUGAAGCAAGUCAAUAACGGUUUCGCGACUUUACGUCAACAUAUUCCUAUCAGUGUAGUGUCUGCAUUGAGCCCACAAAAUUCCCACGGGAAUACGCGCGGCGCUCACAAAAAACUGAGCAAAGUCGAGACAUUGCGUCUCGCAGUCGAAUACAUUCGAAGUUUGAAGGAAAUGCUGGAGGAAAGUGAGAGCGACGUUAUUAAAACGUCUCCGUCUUCGGCGAGUGUAGUUCAUCAUCCGUCGCCUGUGGUGGUGAACGAGAACGUUUUGCAAGAAAAUAGACUCUUUCCGGGAAGUCCGGACUCCGGAAAUCAACAGUUCAAUCCGUACAUGACACUUUUGCCCACGCCUCCGUCUUCGGUAGCGUCGGCUUCUCCAACGCCUUCACACACGUCAGACGGAUCCUCGGGAUCGAAUUACAUACAAACCACGAUCUACAAGCAUCCCACCUUUGACAAUUUCGAUACGAAAAGUCCUGAAGAUGAUGAACUUCUAGACGCGAUAUUUUAUUGGCAAGAAAGCGAAUAACAAACAACGUAAAAACUUGACAUCAUCGAUCAUCGUCCGUAGAGAUUUUAUCCAGUGCCUUAUUCAUUCCAUUCUAUAGUGAUAUGUCGUCGACUUUUUGAGGUUGUUUGUUUUACAAUCUUUAUUACUGUUGUCUAGUCAAUAAUGUACAUAUGUUGUUAUGUAUUUUUUUACUUAUUGUAUAUACCUAUGUAGCUGAUAGCAGAAAAUUGUCUGAAGGAAGUUCAAUAAUAACGUGUAGUCGAUAAUCAAAAGCAUGAAUCAAAAUUCUGUACGUAGUUUUUGAGGCAGUACUUAUUUUAGUUGAAGACUGUUAAAUAUAAGAAAAAAAUAAUAAAUGAUUCGUGAAUUGGAUAAAAAUUUCGUUAGAUCUCGAUUUAAUUUUUAACGCUAUAUAUAUUAUUACUAUGCAUACUUACUUAUGUACAAAAUGAUAAAUUGAACUUUCUUAAGCUGUGUUGUCUCAUGGCUUUAGUCUAUUCAAAAUGUGAACGUACGUAUAAAAUGUCCCCUCGAGGAAUAUUAUCUAAGACUGUUUUAAAUUGAAUAGAGUUACUUGUUGAUAAUGUUACAUUUUAGGUGUUAGUGGCUGUAUGCAUGCUGAAAUGUGUACUUAAAUUUAUGAAAAUGUAUGUAAUGUUACUAGUUACCGAAGCCAGUGCCUUUUUUUCUAAUCGUACUUUCCGAACGUUGUAAAUAGUAAUUUUAUAUAUUCCUUUUACAUUGUACUGACUAAA